UGCGUAGUUGGUGACUGGCGAGGCUUUUCAGCUGGUUAGCCAAACAUCCACAGAAAAAAAGAGAUGACCAGGAAAACGAGACGAAGAAAAUAAGAACAAUUUAUUCCCAGCUAGAAAUAUAGCGAUAGAAAAGAAAAGAAAAUCUGGUUAGGUGGCGUCGUUGAAACUUUGGCUCACAUCGUUCUUCUUCACACCGAACCGAAGCGCCUGGUGACAGUGGACAAGUAAAGACAUCACACGUGUUAAAACCAACUCACUAACUAAGACUUAUGGCAACAAAUCAUACACCUAAAAUAUCCCGUCAUAACCGAAUAUCACAUGUAAGAACCAGUUUCUGAUCAGCUCAACACGUUUCUGCACUGGGGCUCGGUGCAUGGCUGCUGUUGUGAUGGUGGACUGGUAUGUCUGAGCCUGAAGCUAGCAUAGCUUCCCAGUUUGAUAUAGCAUGUUAGCAUAUGGCUAGCCACGUAUGGUGACUGAUACGGCCAUUAUCCUCUACCCCUCCAUCAACAUAUCUGGCCCCUACAAGGGGGUUUAAACCUGUUGGCUGUGGUCUUCCCUUACCCCGUCAUCUUUUCAUUUUUAUUUCAUUUUGUCAUCUUUCCCUCCCACCCAACAGUCACCAGCUUCUGCUGUCAUCACGCCUCAUCACUUUGUUUAGAAGCACUCUUUCACUCUUCCCAACUGAGCUCUAGUCCUUUAUUCUAGCCACUCCUUUCAUUUAAAUUCAUCUCACAUCUGCCCCGGUACAGUUGCUGCAGCUCAGCCCUCUUUAAAUUAAAACCUUCAGGCUCAGGUUGAUUCACAUUCGGCCCAGCGGAGACCGUCCUAGCGUCUCACAGUCAAGCCGCUGUAGGCUUAUAGGUUGUUUUGGUAGUUUUUUGGUUGCAUGGAAUCGGCUUAACCGUGGAGAGGCCAGGCUACCACAAACUGAUGGACUUUGAUAAGCGAGGAGUAGGAGGAGGAGGAGGAGGGGGAGGAGGUGGUGGUGGUGGAGGAGGAGGAGGAGGAGGAGGAGGAGGAGGAGGUAAGGAGACGGAGGAGGGGAAGAGGAUGCCUGGGAAGACGGGGAGUCGAUCAGGACACGGCGGCCGCGGCGCCAGCUCCAACUCCGGGGUUCUGAUGGUCGGACCGAACUUCCGGGUGGGAAAGAAGAUCGGCUGUGGGAACUUUGGAGAGCUGCGACUGGGAAAGAACCUGUACACCAACGAAUACGUGGCGAUCAAACUGGAGCCCAUCAAGUCUCGGGCGCCACAGCUUCACCUAGAAUAUCGUUUCUACAAGCAGCUGGGGAGUUCAGAGGGAGUACCGCAGGUGUUUUACUUUGGUCCAUGUGGUAAAUACAAUGCUAUGGUCCUGGAGCUGCUGGGACCCAGCUUAGAAGAUCUGUUUGACCUCUGUGACCGGACCUUCUCUCUAAAGACUGUGCUCAUGAUAGCCAUACAACUGAUAACUCGUAUGGAGUUUGUCCACACCAGAAGCCUGAUCUAUCGAGAUGUGAAGCCUGAGAACUUCCUGGUGGGCCGGCCCGGCUCCAAACGGCAACACACCAUCCACAUCAUAGACUUUGGCCUGGCGAAAGAAUACAUAGACCCAGAGACCAAGAAACACAUCCCAUAUAGAGAACACAAGAGUCUGACUGGAACUGCUAGAUAUAUGAGCAUCAACACACAUCUGGGGAAAGAGCAAAGCAGGCGGGAUGACCUGGAAGCUCUAGGCCACAUGUUCAUGUACUUCCUGCGGGGCAGCCUACCCUGGCAGGGACUCAAGGCCGACACUCUGAAAGAACGUUAUCAGAAAAUCGGGGACACAAAGAGAGACACACCGAUAGAGGUCCUCUGUGAAAGCUUCCCAGAAGAGAUGGCCACCUACCUGCGGUACGUGCGUCGGCUGGACUUUUUCGAGAAGCCAGAUUACGACUAUCUUCGGAAACUGUUUACGGACCUCUUUGACAGAAACGGAUACAUCUUUGACUACCAGUACGACUGGACUGGGAAGCCACUGCCAACUCCCAUUGGUCCAGUGGCCAGCGAGACUCCGCUUCAAACCAGCAACCGAGAGAAAGCACCGCAGACCAAAAACCAGUCUCCAGAGGGGAAGGGCAGUGAGUCGCAGCCCACUCCAGUGACCAAUCGAGAGCUGCUGGGCUCCCAUCUCACUGCUGAUAGGCUGGGCGGGUCCGUCCAGGUAAUGAGUUCAACCAAUGGGGAGCUAAAUACAGACGACCCCACUGCAGGACACUCCAACGCACCAAUCACAGCCAACGCAGAGGUGGAAGUGGCUGAUGAUACCAAGUGCUGCUGUUUCUUCAAGAGGAGGAAGAGGAAAGCUCUCCAGAGACACAAAUGAAAACAGGAGCUGAGAGAGAAACCCUGGUCUCUUUGUGUUCUUCUUCUCUCUCCUUCUUUCUCUAACCUCUUUCAUAUAACCCUCUCCUCCUCCUCCUCCUCCUCCUCCUCCUCCUCCUCCUCCUCCUCCUCCUCCUCCCCCAGCCCCCCUCCGACCCUCCUCGUCUGCUGUUGGAGGUCCUGUAGUUAACGUGGGUCGGCUGGUCUGGCUGGACCAGCGGGCGGUAGAGUGUUUGCUAAGCUGAUCUACUGGUUUCUACUGGUUUCUACUGGUGGCUCUGGACUGAACAGACAGACAGAGCAACAUGUUGCUGUUCCACCUCGGAGCUUUAAUGGUGGACUAGCUGUUCCGGCUGUGGAGUCUUCAUGUAUUUAUGGACACAAACUGAACUAAAACUGGAUAAACAAAAACUUCUGGAGGAAACAAGAGACUGUAAGAUGCCGACUGAUCGGCUGACAGACUUGAUUCAGCUGGUUUUACUGGCAGAUUGGCUAGUUCUCUCUUUUUUUUUUUUUUUUUUUUCUUCCUUACUGACUGGUUCAGAGGAGAGAGUAAUGUAUUUCGGAGGAGGUACAGAAGAAGAGAGGACAACAAAAGAAUGGGAAGACUGUUGGACCACAGAUACAGACGAAACAUACACUUACAAACACGCUGCACACUUUCUGGAGCUCAUCAUAAAGAGACUUCAUAGACAGAAAUAUGCAGCUCUCGCACAUAGUCUAUAAAGUUUUUAUUCCCUAGGGUCAAGGUAGGAGGUACACUGUGAGCGGCUUGGUCUAUUUCCUGCAACGGAUUGGGCUCGGUGUACUCCUGAAACACACUCGCCCUCAGAGGGAAACCUCCCAACCACCAGAAUCAAAAGUAAAAAAGAUGUUUAUGUGAAAACUAUGCUUUUUUUUCUCCUUGUUUUAAUUUGUAACUAAAAAAAAGACUACAAUUUGGAAACUUGUGUUUUUUUUCUGUCUUUUUGAGUUCAACAAGUUUGUGUUUUGUAGCUUUGAUGUGUGUUCCUCAAAAUGUUUUUUUUAAUAACUUGUAUUUUUAAUUUUCUGUUGUUUUGUUUUGUUUUUUUCCCUCUUUUUCUCGGGUUGGAGGAUGGAAAGUCGGAUAACUCCAUUAAAAAAAACAACCAAAUAAAAUAAAAGCUGAUCUUUAUUUAAAUGAA